AUGGAUCAGGAAGAAGAAAAGGGGGAGGGAGGCUCAGACCUUCUAGACAAGGCAGGUUCACCGGACCAGGAAGGCUUCUUCAACCUGCUGAGCCACGUGCAGGGUGAUCGGAUGGAGGAGCAGCGCUGUUCCCUGCAGGCUGGGCCAGGCCAAACCCCAGAAAGCCAGGGCGGCCCUGCUCCAGAGAUGGACAAUCUCAUGGAUAUGCUGGCCAACACCCAGGGCCGCCGCAUGGAUGACCAGCGUGUGACAGUGAAUUCCCUGCCUGGCUUCCAACCUAUUGGUCCCAAGGAUGGAAUGCAGAAACGGCCUGGAACUCUCAGCCCUCAACCUCUGCUCACCCCUCAGGAUCCUGCUGCACUCAGCUUCCGCAGGAACAGCAGCCCCCAGCCCCAGACACAAGCUCCUUGAGAGUUCUAGCCACCCCGGG